AUCGCUAUUCUUUAAGGAAGACUGCCACACAGACUGGGUUUCGAAUGUACGAUUCUCACCUUCGAGUUCAAAUCCUGUGAUCGUUUCCGCCGGAUGGGACAAAAUUGUGAAGGUCUGGAAUCUUGCUAACUGUAAGCUGAAGACGAACCAUAUCGGACACACGGGAUAUAUCAACACCGUUACCGUAUCGCCGGAUGGUUCACUUUGUGCUUCGGGCGGAAAGGACGGUAACGCUAUGUUGUGGGAUUUGAAUGAAGGGAAACACUUGUAUACUUUGGGCGGAAACGAUGUUAUCAAUGCAUUGGCAUUCUCACCCAAUCGAUAUUGGCUUUGUGCAGCAGUUGGACCUGUGGUUAAAAUUUGGGAUUUGGAAGACAAGAAACCUGUAGAUGAAUUGAAACUUGAUGUUAUGGGUGGUGCUAAAUCUGCGCCUCCACAGUGUAUUUCGUUAGCUUGGUCUGCUGAUGGUCAGACACUAUAUGCUGGAUAUACUGAUAACGUUAUUCGUAUAUGGCAGAGAGGUUUGGUAAAGCGAAUUAGAACAGCUCGUGUGAGUAUUCAACAGAUGGAGCAGGACUGGGCGUACUGUGUGGAUCGCCUGUUGAAGGCCUGGACAGGAUACCAGUUGGCGGUACGAAUGCUAUCCGGCGGGCCGGAAACUUAUCAAAAAGCUGAGUGGUUCGCCAAGGUUUUAGCUGAACAUGUAUUAAACUCACGGAACCAGCAAGUUCAUAACUUGACCGAAUGGAUAGCUGAUAUUUUGGACAAUGAAUUUGAUCUCAUAUUAGAGGAUAAUAGCAUCGAGUGGCUUGCUUCAUCUUUACUAAAGUGUUGCUUGUGGCUGAGAAAAUGUCAGAAAGCAGAGCUUGAGAAUUUCCUGUCUCAGUUACCGUCCGAAAGUGCCGUACAAACUGCUACGACAGAAAGUCAGAUAGUAUUAGACAAUUCAGAUGAAGAAUACAGUAGCUCUGGUGAACUUGAAUAUGAAGUUCAAAAUGAUCAAACUAAUAAGCCGUCGAGGAGACGCACGGAAACUGAUGAAGAUGGUUGGACUACUGUUGUUCGCAGAUAA